UAUUGUUGUUCUACCGCUCUUCUCUUAAUUUUUCUCAUCAUGUCACCUCAUCAGUUUGUUUUAUUUUCUCUUGUAUUGUUUAUGAUUCCGAAUUUGAUUUUAGCUGAAUGUACAUGUGAUUCCGAAGCAGAGGAGCGCGACAAGAAUCUAGCUUUGAAGUAUAAGAUAGUUGCUAUAGUUUCGAUACUUGUAGCAAGUGCAAUCGGUGUUUGUAUUCCUUUUCUAGGAAAGAUAAUUCCGGCUUUGAGUCCGGAGAAGAAUUUGUUUUUUCUGGUUAAGGCUUUUGCCGCGGGUGUGAUUUUGGCAACCGGAUUUAUACAUGUGCUUCCUGAUGCGUUUGAGAAUUUGACAUCUCCGUGUUUGAAAGAAAAUCCCUGGGGAAAAUUCCCGUUUACGGGAUUUAUUGCCAUGGUUGCAGCAAUCGGGACUCUAAUGAUCGAUAGUUAUGCGACUUCUUUUUAUAGCAAAUCACAUAUGUCUAAUAAAGCUCAAAAUACCGUUGCUGUUGCCGAUGUGGAGGACUCGGGGACUCACGUGCAUGGCCAUGUUCAUGGAGGUUUGGCUUCGGAGCCCUCCCAACAGCUUAUUCGACAACGCGUGGUAUCACAAGUACUGGAACUGGGAAUAGUUGUGCACUCUGUGAUAAUUGGAAUAUCAUUGGGUGCUUCGGAGAGUCCCAAAACAAUCAAACCCCUGGUGGCUGCACUCACUUUCCAUCAAUUUUUUGAGGGCAUGGGCCUCGGCGGAUGCAUCACUCAGGCGAAAUUCAAGUCUCGGGCAGUAGCUGUAAUGGCAUUGUUUUUCUCACUGACAACGCCGCUUGGGAUUUGUAUUGGAUUAGGGAUAACAAACAGUUACGACGAGAAUAGUACAACAGCCUUGAUUGUCGAGGGCAGCUUCAAUGCAGCAUCAGCAGGUAUAUUGAUAUAUAUGGCACUGGUUGAUCUGCUUGCUGUUGAUUUCAUGAGCCCCAAAUUACAAAACGAUGGAAAGCUCCAAUUGGGAGCUAAUGUUUCCCUUCUUCUUGGUGCUGGUUGUAUGUCUCUUCUAGCCAAAUGGGCUUAAAUUUUGGAUAUGUAAUCUGAAAAUUCCUCCAAUACAUGCUCAGUACUUACGUUAAUUUACAGAAAUUUACAAAUUCUUGGACA